AUGAGUUCUGAAGAGAAAGAUAAAAAAAUACUAGCUCAUAUUCCAAAGAUUACCACAAAUGAAGCACCGAUCGAUUAUAGGUCUUUUAGUAUCAAGAACUUGUUUUUCGAUCUUGUAGCUGUAUUUUGUUACCUUAUCACUCAUAUUUUUUUUAGAGAAGUCGAAGUUGUUGGGCUACAGAAUGUUCCAAAGAAGGGACCAGUGAUAUUGGUUUGUGCCCCUCACUCAAACCAGUUCGUUGAUGCCGCUAUUGUCUUUACGCCAAUCAAACAAUUUCUUGGAAGAAACACCAGCGGUAUCAUUGCCGAAAGUUCCUAUAAGCAGCGGUUUAUGGGGAUGUUGGCAAAACUCACAGAUUCUAUUCCUGUUCCAAGGGCUCAAGAUAAUUUGAAAUUAGUUGAAGCUGGUAAGAUCUAUGUGAAUAAUUCCAACAUUGAUGGCGAUUGUUUCACUAUCUUAAAUGGCUUGGGUACAAGUUUCACAAAGUUUGAAGUAUCGGGUAUCAUUGGAUUGCCAAACAGCUUGGGGAACUAUAAAAUCAAAGAAAUUAUUAAUGACGAAGAGUUAAUACUUGCGAGACCUAUCACUAAUCCUAAAGCAAUUAGUUUGUUGGAUAAUGAAGAAGGUGUUGAAUUCAAGUACUGUGAUAAAGUUGAUACUAACAAAACUUUCCAAAAUGUCUUCAAUCAUUUAUAUAGACAAGGAUUAAUUGCCAUUUGGCCAGAAGGCGGCAGUCAUGAUAGAACUGACUUAUUGCCUUUAAAACCCGGCGUGGCAAUAAUGGCCCUUGGAUCUGUUGCAGCUAUUACCAGGGAUAUCGAUCCAGAUGCAACCAUUACAAUUAUACCUACUGGUCAAUAUUACUUUCACCCAAACAAGUUUAGAUCAAGAGCAGUUUUGGAAUUUGGACAGCCGAUUAUGGUUAAUAAAUCGCAUGGUGAUAAAUACAUCGAGGAUCCAAGAGGUGCAGUAGGUGAUCUUUUAAAUACCAUAAAGGAAGCUUUGCAAACUGUUACUAUUACUGCCCCCGAUAGAGAAACUUUGAGAACAAUUCAGGCUAUCAGAAGAUUAUAUAAGACAAACUCUUCAAAGCCAAUGAGCUUGGCUACGGUUAAUGAAACCAACAGACGACUUCUUAUUGGUUGGAAACAUUAUAGAUAUCAGGAGCAAAUUAAAACCUUGUUUAAAUCUGUGCAAGAUUAUAACCAUCUUAUUUUCCAAUUGGGUUUGAAAGAUCAUCAGAUUAAAGAAAGAGAUAUUAACAGUAAUAGAGUUAAUACUCUUAAGGUUAUAGCUAGCAGAAUCUCCAAAUUGGUUGUUUUUGGCACUUUAAGUUUACCUGGUGUUAUCCUAUUUGCUCCUGUUUUCAUUCUUGUGGGGAUUUACUCAAAAAAGAAGCAGUAUCAGGCUUUAAAGAACUCUUCUGUUAAAGUCAAGGCCAUUGAUGUGGUUGCUUCUUGGAAGGUUAUUUCAGCCACAGUCACUGCUCCUACCUUUUAUGUUCUCUACUCGAUCAUAGGAGUUCAUUACAUCAGAUCCUACAAUCUAUUAUUCGGUCUUCAUAAUUAUGUUUUGCUAUUUGUAUCAUGUUAUUUACUUCUAGUAUUCACAACUUAUAGUGCCUAUAGAAUUGGGGAAGCCGGUAUGGAUAUCAUUAAAUCUUUACCUCCAUUGUUUGUGCAGCUCAUUAGCCAAAACUCCAUGAAUAAACUCAGACAAUAUCGAGAAAACUUGUCUAAUAAAGUUACCAAUGUAUGCAAUGAUUUGGGUCCAAAUUUGUUCGACGAUUUUGAUAAGUUUUAUGCUGUUGGUAAAAGCGACUCGGUCAAUGAUAGCAAAAAGGUUUCUAUUAAUAGAGCGUCUAUUAAAAGAAUUCCUUCUCUCAGCAGCUUGUCCAAUAUUAAUUUCUUUUCAUGCGAUGAUCAUUAUGAAACUGACGCUACUGUUGAGACCGAUGAUGAUGAUGCCCAUAGUUUGGGUAGUUCGUUCCAGAAUAUUGAAAAAAGUUCUGUUUUGUUGAACACUGGCUCUGAAUUACAUUCCACUCACAUCGAGAAAAGAGGCUAG